UCUGCAGCACUCUCCUUUUUCUUAUGCAGCCUUGUUAUGAGGAAAAAAUUCAGAGCUUGAAUGUUAAAGAUUUAAAUUUUGAUCAUUUCCAUUGAAGGGAUUUUCUUUUUCAUUUUUCAUUUUUUUUUCCUUUUUCAUUACUCAAAUGUACAUCAGGAUCUGUGCUUUCUUUGUUUUACAAGCGUAAACCAACUUCAAGAAAGAGGGAAAAAAGGCCAAGUUCCAUGGUGGUGGCAAACUAAUAAUUUUCACAGCAGUGAAUGUUUUUGUCUGUGUACGAUCUUUCUGCUCGAGUAGAGAGUCAGAUGGACACAACCUCAGUGAGAUGUCUUGUAAACAGUAUAUCUCGAUUCAUUCAUCUGGUAUCAUGUCAGACAAUAAAAGUUGCUCCUGUCGAAAAAGAUUAUAGGAACAUGGUUAUUGUGUUAAAACUUUUGAAACCACUGCUUGAUGAUGUUAUUGAGUGCGAGAUACCUUCAGAUGAUAUCCUAUACAAAGAGUGCGAAGAGCUAGAUAUGCUUGUUAAUGAGGCUCGAGAAUUCACGGAGAACUGGUGUCCUAAGAUGAGCAAAAUUCACAGGGUUCUCCAGAGUGAACCUUUUCUGACAAAAAUGCAAAGCUCUUCACUUCAGAUAUGUCACAUAUUAUAUAGAUUAUUGCAGUCAACUCCAUCAUCAUCAAGUAUAACCAGUGUACAGCACUGUAUGCGGGAAAUUAAAAGUAUGGAGCAGGAGAGACCAUCAGAAAAUAUAGGACAGACUUUGAGAAGUAAAAAAGAUGAUGCUAUUCCCUGCACAGAGCAUCUGAUAAAUGUUAUGAAAUCACUAAACCUGAUGUCAAACCAGGAAUUGCUGAAAGAAACUUUGGCUUUGGAAAGGGAAAGAACUGAUGCGCAAGUCAACAAUGCAAAAGGGAAAAUAGAUCAAAUCAAUCAGAUUAUGGAUCUCAUCUCCCAUAUACGAGAUUAUAUGCUUAAGAUUGAGCACUUUGAACCCACAAGUGGCAUUUUGAUACCUCCAGACUUCCUUUGCCCCCUGUCAUUGGAGCUCAUGCUGGAUCCUGUAUUUGUUGCUUCUGGGCAAACUUAUGACAGGGCUUCCAUCCAAAAGUGGCUUGAUAGUGGCCUGACCAUUUGCCCAAAGACCCGUCAAACGCUCGCACAUAAAAAUCUCAUUCCAAAUUACACGGUCAAAGCAAUGGUAACAAGUUGGUGUGAGGAAAAUAACUUGCAACUUUCCAAUGCUAAACUUGUUUCAAUCUCUUCUCCUUCAAACCAUAUAUCUUCUCAAGAUUUAACCUAUUCUUAUAGUAGCAGUUCCGCAUCGAGGUCAUCUCUUGAAGUUGGAAAUGGUUUAGAGAAGCAGAUGAUUGACAGCUCUUCCAGAUUUAGUGGAGAAUGCAACAGAUGCCAAAGCAGGGAGACUGGCAAGUAUGACCACCAAUCUCCUGAUCAAUCAUAUGUUCACAACAGGACUGAGUCAGCCUCAAGUGCAAUCUACAGUGUUGAUUAUGCACCUACUCCUGCUUCAAAUGACUUGUCAAUGAGGUCAAAGAAGAAUGAAAUCAAUGAGCUAGCUGAAAUUUCAUCUAAGAGCCUUGGCAAUUUUCCUUCAACAAAAGAAUAUGGACUUUCUCACUCGAUAAUGGGAAAGCAGUUGCAGGUUUCUGGAACAAAAAUAGAAGAUGCGGUCAAUGGAAACCAUAAUUAUAACAGAGCAUACUCCAGUGCAUUUUCUAGGCCAGGGUGUGAUGACUUGAUCACUAGUUCCCUUGUGAAGAAACUAGUUGACAACCUUCAAAGCUUAUCAAAUGAAGUCCAAACUACAGCUGCUGCAGAAUUACGUCUCCUUGCAAAGCACAACAUGGACAAUCGUAUAAUUAUAGGACGCUGUGGUGCUAUUGCACCAUUACUUUCUCUAUUUUACUCGGAGGUAAAGAUAACACAAGAGCAUGCUGUUACAGCCCUUUUGAAUCUUUCGAUUAAUGAAGAUAAUAAGGCUGUGAUUGCAAAAUCUGGAGCAAUAGAGCCACUAAUUCAUGUUCUAAAGUCUGGAAAUGAUGGAGCAAAAGAAAAUGCUGCAGCAGCAUUGUUCAGUCUUUCUGUGUUGGAAGAGUGCAAGGCAAGGAUCGGACGUUCAGGUGCUGUCAAAGCCUUGGUGAAUCUUUUGUCCUCAGGAACAUUGAGAGGAAAAAAAGAUGCUGUUACUGCUUUGUUUAACUUAUCAAUCUUUCAUGAAAAUAAAGCUCGUAUAGUUCAAGCAGGUGCAGUAAAAUACCUUGUUGAGUUAAUGGAUCCUGAUAGUGGGAUGGUUGACAAGGCAGUCGCUCUUCUCUCGAACCUGUCAACAAUUGGUGAAGGGCGUCUGGCAAUUGUACGAGAAAGUGGCAUUCCCAUACUAGUUGAAGUUAUUGAAUCAGGAUCACGUAGGGGUAAGGAAAAUGCUGCCUCUGUAUUACUGCAACUAUGCCUUAAUAGUCCCAAGUUUUGUACCCUGGUUUUGCAAGAAGGUGCUGUGCCACCCCUUGUUGCAUUGUCCCAGUCUGGCACACCAAGAGCUAAGGAAAAGGCACAACAACUUCUUGGUCACUUCCGAAAUCAAAGAGAAGGUUCCAUGGGAAAGGCAAGACAUGAAAACUGACAAAUAUUGUUAUAUUUUUCUUUUUUACUAUUAUUAUUUUUCGUCCCUCUAUUGGUCCUUUUGGAGCUCUCUUUUCAUACAUUCUUUAGCUCUCCAAUUAUAUGCAUUAACAUUAUGAACUCUAUUCUUUGUUUCUUUUUAACCCUUUUCUUAAAAGGGGGUUUGAGGGUUGGGAAAUAGGGCAAGCUUUCCCCGGAGGUGUUGGUUUUGUCUAUAAAUUGCUGCAUGAUUUUCCUUUGAACAUAGCUUCCUAUAGUAUCGGGUGUAGGUUUCCCUUCUGUUUUCUUAGAUUAGUUUUAGUUUAUGUAGUAACUAAUUUGUUCCUUAGUUUUGUAGAUAUGUUGUACAUAUGCUAUAAACUCCUGUAAUUUGCUAUAUAGGAUCUUGUUUUUGUUUUUUUUUU